GCCAAGGCUCAUCUAGGUCUGACUUUGCAAUAGUUAUGAAUAACCAGGAUGGUCUGCAAUUUGCAUUUUUAUUAGUAGAAUUCAAAAAUAAUGGUUAUGAAGUAUAUAAAGAUAAUAUUGUUGUGGUUACAAAGGCAGCUCAUGUAUUUAACAAAAUUUUGAGUUACAAUUCAACAGAAAAAAAG